AUGUCGCCGCCGCCGUCCAAGGCCGUAAUCGAGCCAACAACGCCUUCCCAGCGCGACGCUUCCUCUUCCUCCGCCGAUAAUGACGACGAUUCCCCACAGCGUCCGUUCGACAUUGCAGCCCGACUAGGGCUCGACGUAUUCGGACAGCCCGACAGCCCGAGUGCGAGCUUGAUGCUGACGCGGACGGCUGAGACGCUGCACGGCCUGUCGCAACAGCUGGCCGAGCUCAACCUCGAUGAGCCGGCUUCGAUUGUGCGGUGCUGCUGCGGGUCCAAGGCCGAGUGCCCCUCGUCGGCCGCGCGCGAGCGCUGGGAGGCAAAGCUCAAGCUUAGCGGAGAGAUUGGACACGCCCUGCUGCAGCGCUACGAGGCCCUGGAGAGGAAGUACAAGCGCCUCGAGCACAACUACGAACUCCAGCGCAAGGCGCUCGCAGACUCAUUACGGCACGUCGCAAACCUUGAGCGCGCGAACAAUACACACAUGUCCAAGUUUGCCGAUCUGACGCACUCCUACGAGGCACUCGAGAAGCGCUACGUCCAAGCGACACACUCGCAGAGUCUCACUCAACAGUCACUGUCUCACGUCCGCUCCGAGCUCGCGAAAUGCCGCCAGACGGCCAACGCCCAGACGAUCGCCCUCGCCGCUAGCGGCGGAAUAGAGCAGCGUCUUGCAGAGGCAGAGAGAAGAUAUGAAGACACCCGUGACUUACAACACGCUGAGUCCCGCAAGCUCAAGGAGCAGCUCAAGUGGCGAGCAAUGGCAGAGGACAGGAUAGAGAUCGAUGAGAUCAAGACCGCACGCCAGAGGGACGCCCAGGAGCUGCUUGCCAAUGCAAAGGAGCGGCUCGAGUCGCUGCAUUCAGAGACGUCUUCCCCGUCAGAGACGCCAGAGUACCAGCGUACGCUCGAGGACCUUGUUGCGACCAACACUCUUUUGAAGCACGACACAUCCGAACUAGCCCACACUCUUUCCCAGACGAUGGACGAAAACCGUGCGCUGCGAGAGGAACUCGAGGAACUCCGCAGCAGCCGGGCCCCUCGCUCCCGACCGCUGUCGAUGGAAAUCCGACCAAUGCUGACCUCUAACAAGGGCCACAUGCGGACCGGCUCCAUCCCUGCAACAAGCUCCGAGCGCGCCCAUGCGCGUGUUUCAAGUGCUAUCGUAUCGGAGGCGAAUUGGGGACACUUCCGACGAGGUUCUGUGGCGCCCUCCUUCACGUCUACGUCGACCACGGACGGCCCUAGCAUCUCCUCUCCUGGAAACGGGAUCGAGUACAGCUCCUUUUCCUCACCCAUGAACGGCGAGAGACCCAUGAGCCCUGACAUGAGGGUCAGCCCGAGCGUGCGCCACCGCUCCUCGAUCUCGAGCACGGGCGGUAUCCCUUACAUCUCCAAUGGUGUCGCCAAGAGCAAGGGGCCGCGCCCACUCUCGUUACGCUCGAACAGCGACAGGCGUAACCUGACGAAGCGCUCGAUGGGCGUCAGCGAGGCGAUCAACGAGUGGCCGGCCGACGAUGAGAAUGGUGCUUCGAACGACCCGACGAGCGGGGAAGAGCCUCCUUCCCCCGAUACCGAUACAUUCCGUCACACGGCGAGCAGGAAGCGAACAUCUGUGUUGCUUCCUCGCAUGACAUCGCCCAUGGGGCACUACGACAGUAACUCGAGCGGGAACGGCGCCUCGCCCUCGGAGAAGACAAGUGGGACGACCGACCUCGACCACAAGCGAGUCAAUCGCCGCACGCUUUUACUGCUCAGUCGCUCUACCGGAGUCCAGACUGAUCCCACGGAUGCCGAGGAGACGCCAAAGUCCCAGCGGCGCCCGAGUCACAACUCUGAGCCGUCUGUGGCUUUAUCUGAGACGCCUGCGGGUCACUCAGAGACGUCUUCCUUACUCGGCAUGUCCACGUCCGAUCGCAAAGGCGGCGUGCCCCAGCUCACCGAUUUGCUGGAGUACCUGUCCAAGAUGCUGACGCAAUUACGUGGCGUCGAUAUCCCGACACUGAAUCGCCGUCUCAAGAAGCAGCACCUCCCUGGCGAUGUCGGGCAUUUGUCGCGAUCGACGAUCGCGAACCUGCAGACUGAAGUGGCGGAGCUGCGCCACCGGUUCCGCUCGUUACUAGAAGUCAGCGAUGUCAGCCGUCGUGAGAUGACCCUCCUGCUCAAGCUCUUGAAGGAUGUCUUCUCCGACGUUCUUGAGCUCCAAAACGUCGUGAACGCUGUGACGAUCGAUCCGAAGCUCGCGAAGAAGCUCCGCCGCGAGGCAUUCGCGGACCCAGACGCCCCGCCCGAGACGACCUCAGGUCUGGGCUGGAUCGCGGCCCCGCUGACGAGCUUGUUUACGGCUGCGCAGAAGCCGGCCGAGGCACCCGUCGUGCCUGCGACUCCCUCGCGAGACAGGAUCAUCACACCCCCGGCGCCACCUACACGAGCGGCACCGAAGCAGCAAGCGUCGACGUCUGCGACAACAACACACAUCAGCGUCGAGUUCGGCAGCUCUGGCCCCGUGCGCCGUGCGCUGCCAGCGCUGUCGCAGUCUGUCUCGGACACGUCCUCUGUCGCGAGCCGGUCCGUGUCCGCGCCCAUUACGGCCGGGUCGGCACGUGUGCGCUCGCGCGCGUCGCGCUCCGACCUCAUGGGCAUCUUUGCUGGUGCGCAGCCGUCGGGUGUGUCACCUGCCGUGCGUGCGCGCGUGCGCCAUGCGUCGAGCCAGUACUUUGGGCCGUCCGAUCGAAGAAUCUUCUCGGAGCCCAGGGAGCGGCUGUCGACCAUCGUGGACGCGGUGUUGGACCCGGGCGAAGGCGAGGAAGAUGUGAUUCCCGGAGACUACGAGCCGCCCCUGCUCGAGCGCACACUGCGCCCACGCGGCCUCUCGGACAGCAGUAUCCGCAGUUCUACCCUCGUCGAGCAGCCCGAAACGAGCCUUCUCGGCUCAGGCAUAGGCUUCUUAUCCAAGGGGCUGUACAAAAUCGGCGAGGCAGCUUUAUCCUCGUCGGCAGUCGACACAACACCAGCAACAGCAUCAGCUCAGACGAAGAGCACCCAGCAUCUCGGCUUAGGCCAGCCGCGCCGCCCGCCCCUCAGCUCAAAGGGGUCGGACAGCACCCCGGCCCUUUCUAUACCCACAACGGCACCGUCGACAGCCGUCUCGCUCGGUACGUCACCAGGCACGCUCAAACGCGACUUUGAUGACGAGGACGAGAUCGUCAUCGGCGGCGUCCUCCUCUCUGGAGGCGUCGGUACGCCCAUCGUAGGCACUAUACCCAAGGCGUCCCAAUGGGGCAUUACAUCCUGA